UCUGGGCUGAAGGAGUAUGUGCCUAAUUACACGUGUAAGAGAGAGAUGAAGUCUGUUGCAGUACUCACAGGCAUAUCCUGGAUAAUAUCAGCCAAUAUAGGGACACUGCUGAAACUCUACAAAUAUCCACAGUUGACUAUUGGGUCUUUUGAUCCUAACCUAAAUAAUCAUGAGCAGUUUCCUACACUAUAUCAAAUGCCCUCCAAAGAUAUGUCUCUAUCUCAUGCCAUUGUCUCCUUGUUGAAUUAUUUCCACUGGAACUGGGUGGGAAUCAUCAUGUCGGAAGGACAAAAUAGUGUUCAGAUCAUCUCAGACUUGAUGGCAGAAAUGGACAGAAACAGAAUAUGUGUAGAUUUUGUGGAAAUGAUAUCAGUUAGUGAAGUAUCUUAUUUACCAAACAGGCAACAGAAUCCUACACAGAUUCUGAAAUCAUCAGCAAAUGUGAUCAUCACCUACGGUGACAGUGAUUUUCUGAGAGGCUUCCUGUUUUAUUUAAGACAAACUUUACUAACAUGGAAAGUCUGGAUCAUGAACUCAGAAUGGGAUGGUGUCAUCCAGGCAAAGCAUUUCAUUGUAAAUUCACUCCAUGGGAGCCUCAUCUUCACACAUCACCACAAAGAAAUCUCUGGUUUCAAAACUUUUAUCCAAACAGUUCAUCCUUCAAAAUAUCCAGAAGAUUUUUAUCUUACAACUUUGUGGUUCUACCUUUUUAACUGCUCAUUUGCUGACGAUGACUGCAAUACACUGGAGAACUGUCUGCCAAAUGCUUCCUUGCAUGAAUCACCAGGGAUCUUUUUUGACAUGGUCAUGACUGAGUUUGCUUAUAAUAUAUACAAUGCUGUGUAUGCUGUGGCCCACAGCCUUCAUGAGAUACUUCUUCAUCAAGUAGAAGUAAGACCAAUAAGAAAGACAGAAGGGCUGAUGUCUUCAAUCUGGCAGCUGCUCCCUUUUCUGAAGAACAUGCAGUUUACUAAUCCUGCUGGAGAACAAGUGAAUUUGGAUGAGAAAAUGAAGUUGAAUGCAGAGUAUGAUAUUCUCAACUACUGGAACUUUCCAGAUGGUCUUCAACUUAAGGUGAAAAUUGGUCAAUAUUCUCCAUAUGGUCCACUAGGUCAACAAUUAUCCUUAUCUGAGGACAUGAUAGAAUGGGCUACUGGAAUUACAGAGGCUUUCCCCACCAAGCAGGAAAGAGCUACCAUGGUAGCCAAGAAGAUAUUAGAGGAAACUUUCCCAAGGAUCAGAGUGCCCAAGUUCAUUGGAUUGGACGAAGAUCCUGCUUUUGUCUUUAAGUACUCCAGUUAUGUUUACUCCUUUGACCGCUCUUACUGUGCUGGAAAGACAAAAACCAGUGUAUACAAGGAUGGAGAUAUGGUGGUCACUGCAUUUUUACCUCUUUUCACUAUUCUCAAAGAGUCCCCGCCUUAUGAUCCAAGCAAUGAGAUUUUCUAUAUUCAGUAA